CUCACCCGACGUCAUCUACCUCACUCACCUCACCACUCACGACUCCAUCUACCAAAUGCGCCUUGGCUUCCCUUCCCUCUCCUCUUUCCCCUUGUGGAAUCGAUCCCCAUGGUAUCUCACAUGCUUCAUGUGGCCCUUCACUCUCCUAUGCUCAUUUGUUCUCACCUCCGCUCUCUCCUCGCGCACCUUGGUCUUUGAGCGAAACCGUCUCCGUCACCUCACCCUUCACUCUCACCUCCUUCCCAAGUUUUCCUUUCACUAUAAAUCACAGCGCCGCCAUGAGUCCAUCAACAAUUUAAUAGAGGGAGCUAUCCUUGAAGCAGAUGCAAAGGGUGUAAAAGUAAUGAGUCUUGGCCUCAUGAACAAUCGGGCGGAGCUAAACGGGUAUGGAGAGAUGUACGUGCAAAAGUAUCCAAAGUUGAAGAUAAGACUAGUGGAUGGAAGCAGCAUGGCAGCUGCGGUGGUGGUCAACAAUAUUCCUAAGGAAACCACAGAGAUUGUCUUUAGAGGAAAUCUCACAAAGGUUGCGUCGGCCGUUGUCUUUGCUCUAUGCCAAAAGGGCGUCAAGGUGGUAUUGUUACGCAAAGAGGAACACAUCAAACUCAUCAAAUCUGGGGUCGUCAAGAAUCUGGUAUUGUCUACAAACAAAAGUUAUUACUCCCCAACGGUGUGGUUGGUGGGGGAUGGAAUAGAGAAAGAAGAGCAGAUGAAGGCAAAAGAAGGAACCCUCUUUGUCCCCUUUUCUCACUUUCCUCCGAAGAAACUCCGCAAGGACUGUUUCUACCACUCCACUCCAGCUAUGCGUGUUCCCAAGUCUGCCCAAAACAUCGACUCCUGUGAGAACUGGCUUGGGAGGAGGGUGAUGAGUGCGUGGAAAAUAGGAGGUAUAGUGCAUGCACUUGAGGGUUGGGAGGAGCAUGACUGCGGCAACACUUGCAACUUCUUCCGCCUCCACACCAUCUGGGAAGCUGCUCUUCGCCAUGGUUUCCAACCUCUGAUUCUCCCACCAUCUCAUCAAUGAGCUUUUCAUAUUCUUAUAUAUAUUCAUAUAUAUAUAUAUAUAUAUAUAUAUCCCCUGCCUUGAUUAAUCUACUUCUCUUCCGAAACUAAGCUUUGUUUUCAUAUUACAUAACUAAUUAAGCUUUCUUUUGGUUAUUUAUGA